UCAAAUAAAUAAUACGCAUAUUUUUCAAAGUGGUACAUAAUAAUACUAAUUACUAUCAAAAAUCAAUUUCAAUUGGAAAAAUCGUGUCGACUUAUUAAAAUGGGCGAAAGAAAUAUUCUAAAUAUAAGAUUCAAUCAAGAUCAUGGAUGUUUCACAGUCAGUAUGGAAAGCGGAGUCCGCGUAUACAAUUUAGAACCCCUAGUGGAAAAAGCUCACUAUGACAUGGAAGCAGUAGGAAGCGUAUCUACAUGCGAAAUGCUAUUCAGGACCAAUCUUUUAGCCGUAAUUCCCGGAGGAUCCAGACCCAAAAUCCCUGAAAAUGUUUUACACAUCUACGAUGACGCACAAAAAAUGGCUGUUAUGGAAAUCAAAUUUGCAUCUGCUGUCAAGGCUGUUAGAUUAAGAAGAGACAAGCUCAUAGUUGUCCUAAGAAACAGAAUACAUGUAUUUGCAUUCAUACAACCAACAAGAGAAUUAUUUUCAAUUGAAACCAGAAUCAAUCCAAAAGGUUUAUGUGAAGUAAGCCCCUUGCAAAGCUCCCAUAAACAAGUAUUAGUUUUUCCAGGACAUAAAUUAGGCACUGUACAAAUUGUGGAUUUAUCUAGCACAGAACACAAUUAUUCUAGUGCUCCCUCUUACAUACAAGCCCACAAAAACGAAUUAUCUUGUAUUGCCUUGAACCAGCAAGGCACUAGAGUAGCUACAGCUUCAGAGCAUGGAACUUUAAUUAGAGUUUGGGACACUUGCAGUAAAAACAAGUUGGUGGAAUUGAGGCGCGGUACUGAUCCUGCUUCUAUUCACUGUAUCAACUUUAGUGCUGAUUCUGACUUUUUGUGUUGCUCAAGUGACAAGGGAACUGUGCAUAUAUUUGCCAUUAAGGAUACAAAUUUGAAUAGGAGGAUGUCAGCAUUGCCCACUGCUAUUAGGGGUACUUUAGGUACAUAUGGAGAUUCUCAAUGGGCCUUGGCUAAUUUUACUGUAUCGGCUGAAUGCGCUUGUGUAUGCGUUUUUGGACCAAACAAUUCUAUUUAUGCUUUGUGUUUGGAUGGUACUUUCCACAAAUAUGCUUUCAGUGCUGAAGGCAUUUGCCAUGGUGAGGCUUUCGAUGUAUUUUUAGAUGUGGAUAAUGAUGAUGAUAGUUUUUAGAUAUUAUUAGCCUCUUAAGAAUAUUGAUUUGUUUACCUAAAUAUAUGUUUUUGUUUUGAAAUAUAUUGGACCUAAGGUCUAUCGUUUGGUACAGAAGAUUUUGGUAUUAAUUACCUUAAAAAACCAGAGUUUUGAUAACAAGUUUAUUAUAUAAAUAGACUAAAUUAUUUCUAGAUGGCUAUUAGCUAUUUGGUAUUAGCUGGUUCUUUUUUUCGCUCAAACGGAUCGGUCCAUAC